AGAGAGGAGGGCUGCUUUCUCCAGCGCCAGGCUUCGGCACACAGUAACGCUACAGUACAUGCCAUGGCUGCUGAGGGUGCACGCUGCUGUACCCAAUAAAUGAACACAGCGCGACUUCUGAGGGUGUGUCCACCGUGUCGGGGCGCAGAUUCAAUCAGUAUUAGCGAAACAAGAUCGCCGCGAAAAUUUUGAGAAGUGAGAACCUACUUCUGGAUAUCAAAACCAAGGGACGGAGAAUGGACAGCUAGCAAGCUAGCUAGUGGGUAGCUAGCUCAGCGAAGACCACGGAAAACCAGAAGGAAAUGCAUUAGCGGGUUUGUUGGGGGAGACAGUUUCCUGUUUCUACUGGAAUCCAGUUUGAAUAAUUUGUCACAUCUGGAUCGAAAUACUACGAGCGGUGGAGAUGCAGACUUUUCUGAAAGGCAGGAGAGUGGGCUACUGGCUCAGCGAGAAGAAGAUGAAAAAGCUGAAUUUCCUGGCCUUCGCGGACUUGUGCAGGAAACGAGGCAUAGAGGUGGUCCAGCUGGACCUCACCCAGCCCCUGGAGGAGCAGGGUCCCCUGGAUGUCAUCAUCCACAAGCUGACCGACCUCAUCCUGGAGGCUGACCAGAACGACACGCAGGCCCUGCUGCUGGUCCAGCGUGUGCAGGACUACAUCGAGGCCCAUCCUGAGACCAUUGUGCUGGACCCACUCCCUGCCAUCCGGACCCUGCUGGACCGCUGCAAGUCCUACCAGCUGAUCCACAGGAUAGAGGACCGCAUGCAAGAUGACAGGAUCUGCUCUCCUCCCUUCAUGGUCCUCAAUAGCGAGUGUGGACCGGACACCCUGGAGCAGAUCGAGAAGCACGGACUCACAUUCCCCUUCAUUUGCAAAACACGAGUAGCACAUGGAACCAACUCCCACGAGAUGGCCAUCAUCUUCAGUGAGGAGGACCUGAAGGACAUCACCCCACCGUGCGUGAUCCAGAGCUUCAUCAACCACAACGCCGUGCUCUACAAGGUGUUCGUGGUGGGAGAGUCCUACACUGUGGUGGAGCGGCCCUCUCUCAAGAACUUCCCUGCUGGACCAGCCGACAGAAAAGCAAUUUUCUUCAACAGUCACAAUGUUUCCAAGCCGGAGUCUUCCUCAGAUCUGACCUCUAGGGAUAACGUGGAGGGGGUGUCCCAGCCUCCUAAUGACAAUGUCAUCCGGGAGCUCUCCAGGUCCUUGCGACAGGCACUCGGGGUGUCCCUGUUCGGUAUCGAUGUUAUCAUCAACAACCAGACCGGCCAGCACGCUGUCAUUGACAUCAAUGCAUUUCCAGGUUACGAGGGUGUCCCAGAGUUCUUCAGUGAUCUGCUGAACCACAUCAUAAGUGUUCUGCAGGGCCAGGCGCCCGAGAGCACCCCCUCCGGACCACAGAAGGGCAGCGCGGCCGGACACACUCCCAGCGCCGUGGCGCCAGUCGGCGGGGAGAGGGCGUGCACCACCCCCACAGGCUGCUGUGGCAUGCUGGGUAAAGAUGCCAGCCCCUGGAUCGUGGAGGGUGAAGGGGGCAAGAAGAGCCCCCACCAGAGACUGGGCUGCAACUCGGCCAUGUCCCCAAACUUCCAGCAACACUGUGUGUCCACGAUAGCCACCAAGGCUUCCUCCCAAUGACUGCCUUCCACCGCCCCACAACCCCCCGCCCUCCCCCUCUCCCUACCCUAUCCCC